GCAAAAUACAUUUCUCAGUGCAUUGAUGAGAUCAAGCAAGAGUUGAAGCAAGACAACAUUGCAGUGAAGGCAAAUGCAGUCUGCAAGCUGACAUAUUUACAAAUGCUAGGGUACGACAUCAGCUGGGCUGCCUUCAACAUCAUUGAGGUGAUGAGCGCCUCCAAGUUCACAUUCAAGCGAGUUGGUUACCUUGCGGCCUCCCAGUGCUUUCACGAAGGCACCGACGUCAUCAUGCUGACGACAAACCAGAUCCGCAAGGACCUGAGCAGCCCCAGCCAGUACGACACUGGCGUUGCACUGACUGGUCUGUCCUGUUUUGUCACCCCAGAUCUCGCCAGAGACCUGGCAAAUGACAUCAUGACACUGAUGUCACACACGAAGCCAUACAUCAGGAAGAAGGCUGUGCUCAUCAUGUAUAAGGUCUUCCUUAAGUACCCUGAGUCGCUACGUCCCGCUUUCCCCCGGCUGAAGGAGAAGUUGGAGGACCCUGACCCCGGGGUCCAGUCAGCAGCUGUCAACGUUAUCUGUGAAUUGGCCAGACGCAACCCCAAGAACUACCUGUCCCUGGCCCCGCUCUUCUUUAAACUGAUGACGUCCUCCACCAACAACUGGGUCCUCAUCAAGAUCAUCAAACUGUUUGGUGCCCUGACCCCUCUGGAGCCAAGGCUAGGCAAGAAGCUGAUUGAGCCUCUCACCAACCUGAUCCACAGCACGUCUGCCAUGUCCCUUCUCUACGAGUGUGUGAACACCGUGAUUGCAGUGCUCAUCUCGCUGUCCUCCGGCAUGCCUAACCACAGCGCCAGCAUCCAGCUCUGUGUUCAGAAGCUGAGGAUACUGAUAGAAGACUCCGAUCAGAACUUGAAGUAUCUGGGGCUCCUGGCCAUGUCCAAGAUCCUGAAGACCCACCCCAAGUCUGUACAGUCACACAAGGACCUCAUCCUACAGUGCUUGGACGACAAGGACGAGUCCAUUCGGCUGCGAGCCCUCGAUCUGCUUUAUGGCAUGGUAUCCAAGAAGAACUUGAUGGAGAUCGUGAAGAAGCUCAUGACACAUGUAGACAAGGCUGAGGGCACCACCUACCGUGAUGAGCUGCUCACCAAGAUCAUCGACAUCUGUAGCCAGUCCAACUACCAGUACAUCACCAACUUUGAGUGGUAUAUUAGCAUCCUAGUGGAGUUGACGCGGUUGGAGGGCACCCGUCACGGCCACCUUAUUGCUGCCCAGAUGCUAGAUGUGGCCAUCCGAGUGAAGGCCAUUCGCAGGUUUGCUGUGUCCCAGAUGUCUGCACUACUUGACAGUGCCCACCUGGUAACUAGCAGCACACAGCGGAACGGGAUCUGCGAGGUGCUCUAUGCAGCUGCCUGGAUCUGUGGGGAGUUCUCGGAGCACCUGCAGGAGCCCCACCAAACCCUCGAGGCCAUGCUGCGGCCUAAAGUCACCACACUGCCUGGCCACAUCCAGGCUGUGUACGUGCAAAAUGUGGUCAAGCUGUAUGCAUCCAUCCUGCAGCAGCAGGAACAGGCAGCCGAGGCGGAGGCAGCUCAGGAGGUCACCCAGCUCAUGGUGGAGCGGCUGCCCCAGUUUGUGCAGAGCGCGGACCUCGAGGUGCAGGAGCGGGCGUCCUGCAUCUUGCAGUUGGUCAAACAUGUCCAGAAGCUGCAGGCCAAGGGUGUGCCUGUGGCAGAGGAAGUAAGCGCUCUCUUUGCCGGGGAGUUGAACCCAGUGGCUCCCAAGGCCCAGAAGAAGGUCCCAGUCCCUGAAGGUCUGGAUCUGGACGCCUGGAUCAAUGAGCCCCCCUCAGACAGUGAGUCUGAGGACGAGAAGCCCAAGGCCAUUUUCCAUGAUGAGGAGCAGAAGCAAGUCCGGCACAGGCAGCCUGAGGUGGAUGAGGAGGAACUGGCCCGGCGUCGAGAGGCCCGGAAGCAGGAGCAAGCCAACAAUCCCUUCUACAUCAAGAGUUCUCCAUCCCCUCAGAAGCGGUACCAAGACACACCGGGUGUGGAGCAUAUUCCUGUGGUGCAGAUCGACCUCACAGUCCCUCUGAAAGUUCCAGGGAUGCCCAUGUCGGAUCAGUAUGUGAAGCUAGAGGAGGAGCGCAGGCACCGGCAGAGGCUGGAGAAGGACAAGAAGAAGAGGAGGAAGAAGGAGAAGGAGAAGAAGGGCAAGCACCGCCGUCACAGCUCGCUGCCCACUGAGAGUGAUGAGGACAUAGCCCCUGCCCAGCAGGUGGACAUCGUAACAGAGGAGAUGCCUGAGAAUGCUCUUCCCAGUGAUGAGGAUGACAAAGACCCCAAUGAUCCCUACAGAGCCCUGGACAUUGACCUGGAUAAGCCUUUAGCUGACAGUGAGAAGCUACCCAUCCAGAAACACAGAAAUGUGGAGACCUCAAAGUCCCCCGAGAAAGAUGAUGUUCCUGUGGUAGAAAAGAAGAGCAAGAAACCCAAGAAGAAAGAGAAGAAGCACAAAGAGAAAGAGAGAGAGAAAGAGAAGAAAAAAGACAAGAAGAAGGGUGAGGACUUAGAUUUCUGGCUGUCCACUACCCCACCAUCUGCUGCUGUCCCCAUCCCUAUGCUGUCCAAGGAAGAGCUCACUGUGCACACUGUCACUGCCCAGAAGGAUGAGAAUGAUGGACCCAAGAAGAAGGAGCCAGAGGAUGAGGAAGACAACAUGGAGCAUGACCAGGAGAGGAAAUACUCCAGGCAUAAGAAGAAGAAACACAAGAAGGAGAAGGAGGAGAGGUCCAAAGAUAAGAAAUCCAAACACAAGCAGACUGAACAGGAAGAGACAGGGACCAUGGAGCCAGUGGAGAACGGUGCAGCUGAAGAGGAACCUAUCCCGGUGAGGCCAAUGUCCAGCUACUGCCUCCUUGCUGAGAAUUCGUACAUUAAGAUGACAUACGAUAUCCAGGCCAGCCUACAGAAGGACAGCCAGGUCACCGUGUCAGUCAUCCUGGAGAACCAGAGCAGCAGCUUCCUGAAGAACAUGGAGCUCAAUGUUCUGGACUCUCUCAACACCAAGAUGGCCCGGCCAGAGGGCUCCUCUGUCCAUGACGGUGUUCCUGUGCCUUUCCAGUUGCCUCCAGGAGUCUCCAAUGAAGCCCAGUUUGUGUUCACCAUUCAGAACAUCGUAAUGGCCCAGAAGCUCAAGGGCACACUAUCAUUCAUCGCCAAGGACAAUGAUGGGGCCACUCAUGAGAAGCUGGACUUCAGGCUGCUCUUCAGCUGCAGCUCAUACCUGAUCACCACACCAUGUUACAGUGAUGCCUUCGCCAAAUUGCUGGAAUCUGGGGACCUAAGCAUGAGCUCCAUCAAAGUUGAUGGCAUUAGUGUGUCCUUCCACAACCUUCUGGCAAAGAUCUGUUUUCAUCACCAUUUUUCAGUUGUGGAGCGAGUGGACUCCUGUGCCUCCAUGUAUAGCCGCUCCAUCCAGGGCCACCAUGUUUGCCUCCUGGUGAAGAAGGGCGAGAGCUCGGUGUCAGUGGAUGGAAAGUGCAGUGAUGCAACACUGCUGAGCAGCCUGUUGGAGGAGAUGAAGGCUACACUGGCUCAGUGCUGAGCACCACCCAGAGCCCAGCCUAUGGAGGACACCUGGUCAAUGGACACCAGAUCUGACAUCUCACCUCUCCUUUGUUGUGUACUGUUCUACACCUGAGCAUUAAUUUAACUCCAGUGUCCACUGUGUGACUUCCAAGGUCUUGUGUUGAUUUAUUUUAUUAUCCUUUUUAUUUUGACUCUUUGCAUUUCUUUGGCAAGAUGCUAGAUUUGGCAAGAUUCUAGUCCCCUUGACCAGCAAGGAGCAAUUCGGCUCUGCUUAUCUGUGCUGAGGGAUGACUUCUUCAAUGUGUCACAGAGGCCACCCGGGAGGUGGCAGGACCCUGGGUCAGCGCCUGGUGGCACCAGGGUGAUGGGUGAUGGGCAGACAAGGUAGGGCUGACAUAGCCCUGGUCUCCUGUGCUCCACACUGCCUCUGGGGGAGCCUACUGGCUUUUGCUUUUGUCCCUAAACAUCUUAACCAGUGGCAUCUGUGAAAAAGUGAACCAUCUGGCCAUCACAGAGCUUCUCUCCCCAGAACUCACAAAGAGAAACACAGUCAUGUGGUCAUGUUCACUAUCUGUGGGCUGGUGGGCUGGUAGCUGGACCCCUGAAUCCCCAGCCACAGGCCGAGCCAUGCACAGAAUCACUGAUAGCAGGGAUGAUCCCUUGUUUCCUUUUAUGUUUUGUUGGGCUCUGUUAGGGGUGAGCUGUAGAGUUGUGCAAUUCUUCGACCCUCUGUUGUCACUACAUACCACGAGGCCUAUCCCUGUAGCCACAGCUGUCUGAAGGAUGUGGGUGGGGUUUGGUGUAGAGGACAUGUGUCCUGGGUGCCCUCACUGCCUGCCCAGCUGACCAGACUGCCCUUGGGCCGCUUCCUGGGUAAAGCAGCAGUGGACAACGUGCUGGGACCCCAGUGGACUACUCUGCACAGCCAGCAGCCUGGAUGUUUGCCGUACCUUCCUUAGGUGACAGUCCUCCAUGACGUUUUAACUCCUUUGAUGAAAACUGUCACUGUAGCAUGUAGUGUAAUCUAUUACAGAAUCUCGUGCUGUGAUUCUACAACUUUGAAAUUGUAUGAUGUUACAUAACUUUGCUGUCGACAUUCCCAUAUAAAGAAGAGAGAGACAUAUCACGCUGCUGUAAUGAUUUUGUGUUAAGAUGAUCCAAUAAAGUUUGCAAAACAGACAUUCCAAUGGCACCUGUCCUGCCAGUGCCUGUGUGCCCUUGGCCGGGGUCAGCACCCAGUACAGGGUCCCAAGGUACUUUGAGACUAGCUAACAUUUCAGGAGGUGACUGUGGUUCCAAACACACCAUCUGGACUCUUGGGGCUUGGGUGGUAGCAGGUAAGGAAACCCUAGACCCCACCAGUGGGCACCAUAACCCAUUCUGGCCUGAAGAACCCACUGUGGAGCUAUGAUGGGGGAGUGGGAUCUACAGCCGGAAAAGACCACAGGACAGUGACCAGCCUCACCUCUAGUAACGUGCCAUACCUCUGCUGGCCUUACUGCCACUGAGUAGACAAGGAACAAGGAACAAGUAAU